CACAAUCACUUCCGCGUUCUAUGUAGUCCUGCCCCAGUGCUUCCGCUAUGGUUAAACCAUGGCGACGUUCUACACUCGCUGCCUACAAGAGCUCCCAAAAUUGAACAUCACUGAUGUUCAUCGGAUUUGCAGAGUGACGACUACCCCAGCCAGCAAAUUAGAUAAAGGAUUUAAGUUAUAUGCUGCAUCAUAUAUACACAGCUACCAAGGUAAGAAAACGUAAAUUAACCAACAAAGAAACAUUAGCUAACGUCAAAUGCAAACACUACGUUACUCCGCUAUGUCCUUCAUUUGAUGUCAAUUCUCUACAUUACAUGUUUUCUUAAAUGGUGUUUUAUGUCGUCCAAAACUAUAGUUGAGGUUUUCUUAACUAAUGUCACUUUUGUUGUUAGACACUGUUAUAAUAGCAUUAGGUAGUUGGCUAACUAAGGAGGUAGUUAACUACCUAAUGCUACUCUUGCUAAGUCUAAAGUACAUAUGUUUAAGACGUGCUGACAUGAGUAAUACAGAAAUAAUGCUAAUGGUACUUGUGUCUUUAUUCAGUGUCCAAUAAAGACAGGUUGUCAGGGGAGGUCGGUGUGAGAGCCCUGUGCUACAGGUCAAUGAGGAAGAGUGAGGCACCACACAGACUAAGUAUUAAGCUUCUGGAUUCAUCGCCAGUGGUACUGACACAUACCCAGUGCUCCUGUGUGGCAGGCGCUGUUAUGUGCAAUCACACUGUGGCACUGCUCUUCCAAACAGCACACUACUCACAACUCAGAGUGCCGGUUGUCCCCCCUGUGCAUAGCUGCACGGAAUCUGAACAGCAAUGGCACAAGCCACGGACAGUGGGUGUGAAGCCAGGACCCAUCAACUCCAUGAUCUUCACUAAGCCGGUACCAAAUAGGAUGGCCCAGACUGGAGUACGGAGUGGCUUCUACAGAGGCAUGGUGGCUCCGUUACCAGAUCCUUGCUUGUUCAGAAUAACGGAGGCAUAUGCAAAAUUUAAUAUUGAGGACAGGCCACUUGUGACCACAAUGAACAUGACACCUGACAAGCCCCUUGUGGAAAGUGCUUUUGGGCUGGUGCAGGAGGGCAGUGUUCUGUCAUAUCAGCAGCCGGUUUUGACAACCCGGUACAUCACACUACACCGUGAUGCACCACCAACCCCGCACUUGCCUCUGGAGGGGUAUGACAUCUUGCCAUCAGAUUGUGUGUUUGUGUGCUCAGAAGAAGAGCUUCUGCAUCUGAAAAGCUUGUCUGUAACUCUGGAAAUGGCUCACAAAAUAGAGGAAGCUACACGUGAGCAAAGCUCUUCAUCUGAGUGGCAUCAGCUCUGCAGGCUCAGAGUGACUGCCUCUAAGUUUCGGGAGGUGUGUCACGUCAGAGGCCAGAGCUCGGCAGAGUCACUAGCAGAGCGUAUAUUGAAGGGAACAAGGCAGACAGCAGACAUGAGGAGAGGAACUGAGAUGGAGCCUGCAAUAGCAGCAGAGUAUAGUAGGCUAAUGAAUGUUAACUACUCACCCUGUGGCCUGGUCAUUCACCCCAUUGCCUCCUGGCUUGCUGCAUCUCCUGAUGGUGUUGUUUUUGACCCCAAUGAAUACCCCCAGUUUGGCCUCGUCGAAUUCAAAUGUCCCAAUGUACAAAAUGUUAUUGACUGCAAAUAUGUGCAGAUGGAAUGUGGUACCCCUAAACUAAAAAAGAGCCACACAUAUUACUGGCAAGUGCAAGGACAACUGCUCAUCAGUGGGAUGCAGUGGUGUGACUUUGUUGUGUGGGCACAAGAGGACUACCUAGUGCAAAGAAUAUACAUGGAUACAGAUGUGCACAUUGCAAUCAGAGAAAAGGCUGACUACUUCUUUUUUUUUUACAUAUAUAUGCCAAGAUACCUGCGUUUGGAAAAAUGAACAGUGAAAACAUAGCAAAAAGGAAAACAGAUCCUUCAGGCUGGCUGGAACAAAAUAACUGAUGUUUUAUUUGCAAUGUAUUUCAUGAAUUUUUUUGUUGUUACAUGUUACUUUUAUGUGAAAUCAAUAAACUCUUAUUUAAGCAAUGGCA